CCGGCCGGCACGGACUGCUGCAGCCCCGAAAGCCCGAGCGCGGGGGCGGCCGCCGGUUGGCCGCGAGGAGCCCCGGAGCGGUUUGUCCAUAUCUUGGUCAGAGCCGGCGACUGAGGGGACUGGUGCCGGAUCCUGGAACAGACUGGAGUGGUGUUAGACAGGCAAUCCUGAAUGCUAUACAAGUUGACUGGGUCUCCUAGCAACCUUCUUUAGGAAUCUUGCCGGUAUUUGAUUGGAAAACAGGACAGAAAGGCCUGCAAUUGAUGAGUUUGCCUUGGGAGGACGAGAAAGGUGAAGUCAGACGUUAGCAUGGGGCAGAAGGUCACUGGGGGAAUAAAGACUGUGGACAUGAGGGACCCUACGUACAGGCCCCUGAAACAAGAGCUCCAGGGCCUGGAUUACUGUAAGCCCACGCGGCUGGACUUGCUGCUGGACAUGCCCCCCGUGUCCUACGACGUCCAGCUGCUCCACUCCUGGAAUAAUGACGACCGCUCGCUCAAUGUGUUUGUGAAGGAAGACGACAAACUUAUCUUUCACCGGCAUCCGGUGGCCCAGAGCACAGACGCCAUCAGGGGGAAAGUGGGGUACACGCGCGGGCUGCACGUGUGGCAGAUUACGUGGGCCAUGCGCCAGCGUGGCACUCACGCGGUCGUAGGGGUGGCCACGGCAGAUGCCCCCUUGCACUCCGUCGGGUACACAACCCUGGUGGGGAACAACCACGAGUCCUGGGGCUGGGACCUGGGGCGGAACAGACUCUACCACGAUGGGAAGAACCAGCCAAGUAAAACCUACCCUGCCUUCCUAGAACCGGACGAGACUUUCAUAGUGCCAGAUUCUUUCCUGGUGGCCCUAGAUAUGGACGAUGGGACGCUGAGCUUCAUUGUCGAUGGGCAGUACAUGGGAGUGGCCUUUCGGGGACUCAAGGGCAAAAAACUUUACCCAGUAGUAAGUGCUGUCUGGGGCCACUGUGAAAUACGAAUGCGUUACUUGAAUGGACUUGAUCGAUUCUCAAAAUUCCAGAAUAAAAUGACAUAUUAGAAGCAUGAGCAAAAGAAGAAAUAAAAUUAUCCCUAUCUGCAGAUGGAUAUGGUGGUUUAACUUUGAAAGUUCCAGAGAAUUGGCAGAGAAACUAAUUGAGACGAUUUUUAACUUCACUAAAAGAAGCAGGAUACAAAAAGAAUGCACAAAAUCAUCAGCAUUUCUCUGCACUACUAACCAAAAGGCAAGAAAACCAAGAAAUUCCAUGAUGAAAAUUGCAAAAUGCACAAAAUAUCUGGGAGUCAGCCUACCAAGGCACAUGUGGUAUUUAUUUAAAGGCAACUACAAAACACUCUAAUUUACCAAGAAGACCUGGGUUCGAGUCAUUUUAUGAAUCUGGGUAAAUUACUUAACUUACCUAUGCCUCAGGCAACUCUCUUCCAUCUUUCAAUCAAUUAAUAAAUAAUCAUUUAUUAAUCAUCUAUGUUCCAGGCACUGUGCUUAAACUCUACUAAGUUGCAGAAUAGAGGGUCCCACAGCUAGUAAGCAAGCAUCUGUGCUGGUGAUGGGGCUUCUUGUCCAUUUCAAAAAGAAAAGAAAGCUAGGAAGGCUUAAUAAUUGGAGAGAACACAUCAUUGUUCAUGGUUGGGCAGAGCCAAUGUAAUAUUUUCAAACCAUCAGUCAAUUUCUUUCUUGCAUCUUAGUAGCUCAAUUCUGUCGAAAGGUAAGAUUGUAUCUGUCUCACCUAAUAGCCCCAUCCCAGUUGGUGUUCCUCCUUAAAGUUCCUUCUUAACUCCUAAUUUGUGUGGUUUUCACUGAGGUGCAGACAAAUUAGUCAUUUGGGGGAGCCAGCUGAGAAGCCCUCCUUCUGCUCUGGCUGACUUGCUGAGCAUCUCAUCUGUAUUUGAUAGAGAAAUAUAGAAAAAGAACCACAUGUGUUAGAAAUUGACAGUGGACACUCAGUGAUCAAAGAGAAAUCUCUAGAGAAAGAUCCGCUAGCUGUCUGUGUAUUUGAAGGGCUGACUGUCACCUGUGAGAGGGACUGGGUUAGUUUUCUGAUUCCCCUCAUUUAAAUGCUUUAUGAUUCUAUGAAAUAUCUUUGGACAAAUGGUCUUUCUAAGAUGGGUUAACACCUCCUCCCCAAAAUAGUACUGAUAUAACCAUCGGGACUAGAGGUGUGAUUUCAUUAGUGCAAGGAACUCCCAGUCUUUGAGGAAAUACUCUCUUCCUAGGCAAGUAGCCAUUUUCUCUGCAUUUUUGGUAGAAUUGCCUAGAUCAGGGCUUCUUAAGUUUUUUUCCAUUUGUGCCUCCUUUUCAACCGAGAAAUUUUACAAAGGUAUAUAAAAUAGGUAUAAAAAUCAAACACUACUCUCUUCCUAUGCAAUUAGUAAUUUUCUCUACAUCUCAUGUAGAAUUGCCUAGAUCAGGGUUCCUUAAACUUUUCCCAUUUUGCUCCCCCUUUUCACCCAAGAAAUUUUAACCCAGCCCUGGUUAUAUAGUAUAUAAAAUAAGUAUACAAAUUAAACACUACUCUCUUCCUGUGCGAUUAUCCAUUUUCUCUGCAUCUUAUGUAGAAAUCCCAGGGCUUCUUAAACUUUCCAUUUUGCUCCCCCUUUUUACCUGAAAAAUUUAACCCAAUCCCAGUUAUAUAGGUAUAUAAAAUAGGUAUACAAAUUAAAGUUACUGAUAAUAAAUUGUGAUUUCUCAACCCCCAUAUUCAGUUACAAGAGCCUCUUUGGUGUCAAGAACUACAGUUUAAAAAGCUGGGGCUUAGACCACUGAGAAAGGUCAGCCAGGUUCAUGCAGUCACUAAUGCGUCCCAGGUGGAACUAAAUCUGGAUCUCUUUGGCGUCAAAGCCCCCUCAAGCCUUGCUGCCUUCUUCAUACUGAUGUAACAUCGGCAGGACACUUUAUAUACGUUAUCUCAUUUAUAGAACGAGCCACUUGUGUAAACACGUUAAGGUGUUCUUGGCUGUCUUGCGUUUCUUAGCCAGUGAUAGGCAAAGCUGCCACCUGACUUUCUCCGGACACAUACCUGGGGUCAUGAAUGGUGGAUCCCCUCCCCCUGUCCCUGCCCCUGCCUCUCCCCCCCCAACGAUGGGCAAUGGCCUGUGGUUCAGACCUUCCUCUGCAGCUGACCUUGGUGGGCUGGGAGCAGGUCUGGGCUGGCGCCUCCGAGUUCUAGCCUUGCUUUUCAGACCAGACACAGCGGUGCAUGUGGUCUCUCCACCCCCCUCCCCAGCCCCAGCCAGAGUUUUGGAGGCUGAAUCCAAAUAUUUGCCCUUGCCUUGGGUGUCCCAGCUCCCUUAUCAUCAUGUUCUGCUCUUCCCCUCCCAUCCCACCCCCAAACUACAGCCUUCAAGAGGCGACGAGAGGGGAAAACAACCACAUGAUUGGCUGCGGGCUGAACGGGGUGUUGUUGUGUUGCUGUUGAUGCUGUUAAUUUUUCUGUGGAAACCUUCUCUCUCCCCCGCUACCCCCCACUCUCACCCCCCCCCCCGUCUCAGCCUUGGCUGGGAUAAUGAAAACAAGUCCGACUGCUGUGUCUGCGGCUUCCAGAGCAGCUCGGGCUUGACCUGAAACAGCCCCAGUACCCCCGAUCAUGAGACGCUCUUCUGGGCAGAGGCGGUCACUCGCAUAUCCAGCAACCACCGGCUGGGGAGCCUGGCUUUCCAGAUGCUGAAUAAAUGGGCUGCAGCCGGUGUCUUUCACACCCUUGGGGAAGGGGGGCAGAGGGAGAAGGGAGACAGGUUUGAAUCUUGCCAUCUUGCUCUGUAACCUUGGACAAGGUGAUCUCAGACCCUCCCAGCUCUGACUCUGGCCCUUUGUCUGGUCCUGUGACCCUAAAGGAGGAUGCUGGAUUGGAAAUCAGAGGGAAUGAGCUUGCUGCAGCUCUAGGCAGAUCGCUCUACUAAGUUCUAAGUUCCUAGGGACUUUUGGUGUCCCACCUGUGGCAGAGCACGCCGAGCUUGUACGGGUCUGAGCGGCCACAGUCGGACACACUAACUCAACAUGAACAUACGGAUGUCAUUUUGGUCCUUUUUGGGAACCAAGGUCAACCAUCAACCAACAAAUCUAGGGAAUAAUAAAUUCUAGUGAAUCUCGCAAAUCCUCCUAUAAAAUGAAGGCAUUGGAUUAGAAGUGAUCUCUAAGAUCCCUGUCUACUCCCAAAUCUGAUUUUCCUCCUUGGAAUGGAGAAAGUAAAAACAAAACAAACUGGGUCCUCAAUCUCACAAGCCCUUCAGCCCCGAAUCUCUCCAUUUUGGGAGUGACUUUUGGGCAAAUUACAUCUUUUAUAAAAUAAAAGUUCCCUUUCCAUGCUGAACUGCUGAUCCUAAUUUACAGGCAGAUGAAUACUAGGGCAGAAAAGGGAUCUGCAGAGGGACGGGCAAGGCCUUGGAGCCCCCGUGAGCAGCUCAGAGAAGGAGCAGUUGCUUCUUAGCAUCCGUUUCAUUAUUUCUCUCCCGAUGGCUAGGAUUGCUCUGAGGAUAGGGAGAGGAGCAGGGCAAGGGCUGUGUCAGAGAAGCCUCUCCAGCGGCUGCCCGUGAUGCCUCUUGUUUCUGCGGCUGCAUAUCUGGCGAAAUGUAGUCAUCCCCCAGCUUGGACCUGGGAGGUUUGGGGCUGAUUUAAGUUUUCUUAGCCCGGUGACUGACACCUUCCAAAAAGUGGCUGGAAUGUCUCUCGGGUCUAGGUGUGGUGGAACAGUGGAGUGCAAAGGGAAAAGGAUUGACGUGAUCUUGGUCCAGUCACUCUUGUCUGUGUUUCAUAAUAAGGACUGAACCAGAUCCAAGGCUCCUUCCAGCUAUGAAUUUUAAUCAAUCCAAUAAGCAUGUAUUAAGCACCUACUGUAUGCCAGGCACUAUAUUGUUAUCAUAACUUGCUCUUGACACUCAGGAGCUCAGCAAGUCAUUACUGUCAGUUUCCUUGUUUUAUAAAUUGGAAAUAAUCCUUGGAAAAAAGGCAAACUUUGAAAGCACCACUUGAAUAGUAUACUUGCCAUCCAGCCCUUGGAGCUUGACACCUAGAAAGGGAAAGAGACCUCACAUCUCUGUGAUACCUCACAUCUCUGUGAUCUAAGGUCGGAGGUCCCAAGUUUGAAUUCUGAUGCUACUGGCUUUUAUUUCCCUGUGGGAAGUGUCGAAACUUUAAAGCUGUUACCUCUAAAAUGAGAGAGUGAGACCAAGCGGCUGAGGUCUGUGACCCUCUGGGGAGGUACCGAUGGUUUAUGGCAACUGGGUGGAGCAGUGGGUAGAACCGUGGGCCUGGAGUCAGGAAGAUCUGAGUUCAAAUGCAGUUUCAGAGGACUUCCCCGUGGGGUGAUCCUGGCCACAUCCCUUCUGAUAGGAGAGGGAGAGAAGGGCACCUUAUUCUCAGGGUGGUUGUGAGGAUGAAAUGAGAUAAUGUUGGACUGCGGCACAAACCAGGUUUGGGUCCAUUCUCCCUCUGCAAAAUGAGGAGGUUAGAUCAGAUGCUUUCCUUUGGCGCCUUUGGUGGUACAAUGUAUGAUAAAGUUCUGGACUAUGGGAUAAAGCCCAUAUCCUGCCUCAGACAUUGAUAGUAUGGAGAGAAUCUGAUGAUUAAAUAAGGAUAUUUGUACAUAAAAGGCUUAAAGUAUGACAUAAAUGCUGGCUCUUGUUUUUGUUAUGAUUAUUAUUCCAGCUCGAAUCACUGAAACAUCAAACUGGGAGAAAUCUGUCAGCCCAACUAGGUCUUUAAUAGCCCCCAAAAAUCUUUACUGGAAGGCCUCUUUUGUUGGGGAACUUACUACUUCCCAUCAAAGGUCCAUUUCACUUGGGGGCAGUGCUUAUAACAGUUUUUUUUUUAAGUAAUAUUUUAUUUUUCCUAAU